CACCCGAGAAAUCUAACUCCUCCCGCUCGGCGCCCCGGGGGGGAGGCAGGGGCAGGGCCAAGCCGCAGAGGGGGCCGCCGCCACCUCCUGCCUCCUCCUCGUCUCCUCCCCCUCCCCCGUCUGACGCUGCCUCCUCGGGAAGGGUGUUUGGAGGGCAGCGGCCGCCCCAAGCCGAAGCCCCGCAGCGCUUCUUAUGAUCAGCUCGGUGUGUGUCUCCUCCUACCGCGGGCGCAAGUCGGGGAACAAGCCUCCGUCCAAAACAUGUCUGAAGGAGGAGAUGGCCAAGGGCGAGGCGUCGGAGAAGAUCAUCAUCAACGUGGGCGGCACGCGACAUGAGACCUACCGCAGCACCCUGCGCACCCUACCGGGCACCCGCCUCGCCUGGCUGGCCGAUCCCGACGGCGGGGGCCGGCCUGAGUCCGAUGGCGGCGGCGCAGGCAGCAGCGGCAGCAGCGGCGGCGGGGGCUGCGAGUUCUUCUUCGACCGGCACCCGGGCGUCUUCGCUUACGUGCUCAACUACUACCGCACCGGCAAGCUGCACUGCCCCGCCGACGUGUGCGGGCCUCUCUUCGAGGAGGAGCUCACCUUCUGGGGCAUCGACGAGACCGACGUGGAGCCCUGCUGCUGGAUGACCUACCGGCAGCACCGCGACGCCGAAGAGGCGCUGGACAUCUUCGAGAGCCCGGACGGAGGCGGCGGGGCCGCGGGGCCCGGCGACGAGGCCGGCGACGAGGAGCGGGAGCUGGCCCUGCAGCGCCUGGGGCCCCACGAGGGAGGCGCGGGCCCCGGCGCCGGGUCCGGGGGCUGCCGCGGCUGGCAGCCCCGCAUGUGGGCGCUCUUCGAGGAUCCCUACUCCUCCCGGGCGGCCAGGGUGGUGGCCUUCACCUCUCUCUUCUUCAUCCUGGUCUCCAUCACCACCUUCUGCCUGGAGACCCACGAGGCCUUCAACAUCGACCGCAACGUGACGGAGAUCCACCGAGUGGGGAACACCACCAGCGUGCGCUUCCGACGGGAGGUGGAGACGGAGCCCAUCCUGACCUACAUCGAGGGCGUGUGCGUGCUGUGGUUCACGCUGGAGUUCCUGGUGCGCAUCGUGUGCUGCCCCGACACGCUGGACUUCGUCAAGAACCUGCUCAACAUCAUCGAUUUCGUGGCCAUCCUCCCCUUCUACCUGGAAGUGGGGCUGAGCGGCCUGUCCUCCAAGGCGGCCCGUGACGUGCUGGGCUUCCUGCGCGUCGUGCGCUUCGUGCGCAUCCUGCGCAUCUUCAAGCUCACGCGCCACUUUGUGGGGCUGCGCGUUCUGGGCCACACGCUGCGCGCCAGCACCAACGAGUUCCUGCUGCUCAUCAUCUUCCUGGCCCUGGGCGUGCUCAUCUUCGCCACCAUGAUCUACUACGCAGAGCGCAUAGGCGCCCGGCCCUCCGACCCGCGGGGCAACGACCACACCGACUUCAAGAACAUCCCCAUCGGCUUCUGGUGGGCCGUGGUCACCAUGACGACGCUGGGCUACGGGGACAUGUACCCUAAGACGUGGUCCGGCAUGCUGGUGGGGGCGCUGUGUGCGCUGGCUGGCGUGCUCACCAUUGCCAUGCCUGUGCCUGUCAUUGUCAACAACUUCGGCAUGUACUACUCCCUGGCCAUGGCCAAGCAGAAGCUGCCUAAGAAACGCAAGAAGCACGUGCCUCGGCCGCCCCAGCUGGAGUCGCCCAUUUACUGCAAGUCGCAGGAGACCUCGCCCAGGGACAGCACCUACAGCGAUGCCAGCCCCCCUGCCCCAGAAGAGGGUCUGGUUGAGAGGAAGCGGGCAGACUCCAAGCAGAACGGCGAUGCCAAUGCGGUGCUGUCAGAUGAGGAGGGAGCCGGCCUCACCCAGCCCCUGGCCUCCGUCCCUACCCCUGAGGAGCGCCGGGCCCUGCGACGCUCUGGCACCCGAGACAGAAACAAGAAGGCAGCUGCCUGCUUCCUGCUCAGCGCUGGGGACUAUGCCUGCGCCGAUGGCAGUGUCCGGAAAGGCUGUGAAAAGUCCCGGAGUCUAAACAACAUAGCAGGAGCGGCUGGAACCAGUCUGGGGCUGUCUCCACUGGCAUCGCGAUACAGCUCACCCUACCCUCCAAGAAAGCUCCUGCUCUCCCACCCCUUCCACCCCCUCACCAGCCCACCCCCUGGACACCCAGCCCCGUAGCCUCUCCCUGGCUCUGCACCCACCCCUGGGUGCACACGCACAGACAGGCACACUUGCGUGCCUCCAGCCCUCACCCCCUGCCCCCCUCCCCGGGCCUGCGGGAGCCGGCAGGAUGCAGAACUCAGGCCCCCGAGCCUCUCAGCCAGCACCCAGCACCCAGCUCCCCAAACACUCAUCUCUGGAGCCCGAGAGCAAGGGGGGAUUACUUCCGGGGCUUCUCCCCCGCUGGCCCCCAUCCCGAGCAGAAGGUGCCGUCACCCCCGAGGACUGUGUCUCUGGGCCCUGCCUCGCCAUCAGGGUCCCACCUUCAUCACAGCCAAUGUAUUUCCAUUCCUCGGGGCCCUUCCACCAGGGACCAAACAGCCUGCCACUGAACAUCUGUCUGUCUGUCUGUCCGUCCCACACCGAGAUCAGCCUGGAAUAAGGCGUCCUCUGGGACGUCUCUGCUGGUGUGUGGGGGUUUGACUCCUCCGGGGAGCAGAACCACCUGACGGUCUCCAGCCCUAGUGCAGGGCACGGGGAGUGGGGGGGUGUUCCUAGACUCGGAGCCCCACGAUUGGCUGCCUAGGCGCAGGGAUGCCCUCCUCUCAGAGCGGCCCCGGCAGCAGAGCCCAGCAGCCCAUCUGCACCCCGAGCCGCAGCAUCGCUCGUCACGCUGCUUCCUCUGCUUCCCGACAGUUCUUCCUCUCCCGCUCCCUCCAACUCGCAGCCCUGCCUCUGAGUCACCUGCCGCUCCCACCCAGCCUCUGCGCUCCUAUCACUGCCAGAACCGGAGACUCAUCUAAUUUCUAUAAUUAAGUGUAUUCAUUUACCUAACGAGCCCGGGAGCACAACAGGUUUGUGAGUCACUGAGUGAGCAGAAGUGCACCCUGGGCUGGGGCAGCUGAGGGGACGUGUAGGGACAGAAGCCAUCCUGCCCCCGCCCGCUCCUGCACGGGCGCCCCGCCACACCCGGGGUGGCCGAGCCGCAGGGGGGCCCUCCCUGGCCCACCAGGACCUCCUCAGCCCAGGAACCCGAAUCACCUCCACCGAGACCUUCCCUGCUUCACCUGAUGGGAAUUAGACCUGACAGCAGAGCUGUGCGCCUGGCAAUUUUUAGAGGCAGAUUAUGCAACUUUGUGGAAGGAGUGACUAAGGCCCAUGUCUGCUCCUUCCACGGUGGGCAGAGAUAGGAAUGGCCAGACAGCAGGAGGCUGGGGACUCUGGAGGCCACCCCAAAAGGUGAACUGGGCAGAAAGGUCAGAUCAUGUCACGGGCUUGAGGGGCAGCUGUGAAACGCCUGUUCCAAGAGCAUCGGCAUUUCAGUGUCUCCUUCAGCCUUGGGCAGACACAGGAGGGUCCUUUCCAGAAAAGUCUGUCCAAGGUGGGUACUGGGUUACCCCAGCCCUGCCGUGGUCUGGGGGGCCUGCCUCCUGCUUGCUGUCAGAAUGAAGUGUCCCUAAGGGCUGAGAAGAUACAAGGGUAUCCAUGUCACCACUCCUCAGAAGGGGACACAGGGACAAGGAAGCCCUAUGGAGCAGGACAGAGACCAGGGUACCUCCCUCCCCACCCCCAGCCCCAUUUGAGAGCCCAGCUUCCCCGGGAGGAUGCGUUUGGUCCUGCCCCCGCGGGGCUCCCUGGCACUGGGGUCCUGGCUCCGACAGGGAUACGGUGAGCUGGGGGCCGGGUUAGCAUGGGCACCACAGCGGUUCUCUCCUUGGAUUUGCCUUUCUGGUUCAGGGAACCGAGGCGGCUAUUUCUGUGGCAGCCCUCAAGUUGUCAGGAGCCCGUUUCCACGGCACCACCGCCUCCUCCCCUCUCCCCUCCCACAGGAACGGGCACGCGCACGGCACCCCCACGGUGGGCACAGAUGUCCCUGGGCGACGUGAGGCAGGAGUGCCAGGCUGGAGCCCCUGGUGUCUUGGGAGGUGGGCCCUCACCCCCCACCCCCAGCACCCCUGGCUUCUGUAGGGUUGACCUAGGCCUGAGCUAACGGGAGAGCUGAUCCGCUGCCUGCCCCGGCUGCUCUUAGGGCUCUGCGCAGGGGCUCAGCGAGUCCUAGGGUUUACAGAGCCCCGCUGAACACCGGGCCCCUCCGGGAAGGUGGCUACCUGCACAGGCCUCAGGCUUGCCCAGGCCUCGGGCCUCCCCCAUCAGGAGAAGGCUGCCCCUCCCACCCACAGCUUGAGAGCUCAGUUCGCUUUACCUUGGAUCUGGACUUGGGCCUAUACCCAUUACUGUGGCUUCUAAAAGCCUGUCCUUCCCCUGCAGCAGGGGCCAAGCCCCUCCCUGUAGAGCAGAGAAGUGGCCCAGGUAGGAGUUGUUACCCCUCCAGUUUGUACCAGGGCUGGUGACACCCCUAGAGGUCACUUCUCAGCCCCCAGGGCUUCUGAGGGGCGUGGCCCUGAACUGGAGCCAGAGGGGAAGGUGCCUGAUCAGCCCAGAGCCCGGGUUGCCUGGGACUCAGAGAGGAGGCUGCAUAACAGUCCAAGGCCCAGGGCUGCCUUCUCACAGAGCUUUCUGGAAAGGAGGGCCUCCUUUGCCCUGGCCAGAGAGCAUCACCUUCCACAGUCUCUUCCCCCACCGCAGCCUCCUGCCUGCCCGGCCUGUGCCCCAGCUGGGAAGGGAGCGGGAGGGAAGCCCAGGCCACUGCUCUCGGGGGCUGAGGAGGAGAGGCUGAGGGGUUGGGUUUCCCGGCCGCCCUUCCUGAGAUGGGCGCAUGCGUCCUCCCUGCCCUUCCCCUGCAGCAGCCACCCUCCAGCUCCUGGGACUCUGUCCCUGCCAGAUUGAGGAAGGGGGCUGGCCCGACAUGACAGCACACCCAGGAGCUCUGCUCCCCAGCCCUCUGGGAUGAUGGACUAGCCCCGGGUGGUGAUGGCAGAUGGAGCUGUGUUACAGGGCACACAGGCUGGCCAGGCAGCAGCCCCGCGAUGGCCUGUGGGCUCUGAGCCCUGCCAGGACCCUCCCUCAUGGCCUCCAUGCCAGGCUGCGGAGCUGUGGUCCCUCUUCCCACCGCACUGCAGCUUUGAGGACCCCAGGGCUCCUGGGUCCCAGAGUUCCUGACCUGAGCAGGCAUGGGGGUGAGCCAUAACAUCAGCAUGGGGCCCAGCGCUGGGUGGCAGAGGGGUGAUGAAGUCUCACCCCCUUUCCUCCCUAUCCUUGCUCUUCUGGCCUCUUACUCCUGGGCCCCAUGCCUUCCAGCUCCGCUCCCACCUCCUAGCCCACAGCCUGUGGGUUGGCAGCUGCCCUCCUUCUAACAUCUCAUUGUUUCUCCUUCUCUCUGGCUGAACUCCUUCCCCCCCGAGAAGGCAAUGUUGAGCCGAAAGCGUGCGUCCCGGUGUCUCACACCUGUGCUCUUUAAACACAGAGACCUGCCAAGACGCCCUCUCGUCCAACUAUGCCCAGGCUGAAGUCCUCACACUCUCUUAAAGCGGCACCAACGGGAGAGAGACAGGCAGACAGACAGAAAGCCAGAGGCUUAGGGCAACUCUGGAAUCCAGGCAAGACUCUUUCGCUGGGAAAGCCUCAGAUAUCCUUGUUUGCACAGGACUGACGGAAAAACCUCCCAUGUGACCCUCAGGGCCCAGAGCCAUCGGGUCUGAUGUUCUUGUUCUGUUGUACAUUGAAGAGCUAUAUAUGCACAUAUAGUAUCUAUAUGCAUACAUACUAUACUAUUGUGUGGUGUGCACGUGCUCUUGGUGGUCUGUCUUCUUUGUUAGGCUGUGUCUCCCCGGACCCUUGCCCAGCCCCCAUGCCCAGCCCCUUCCCCUUACUGAUUCCAUUACCUAUGGAAUGUCCCAGGUAAAAUGCACCUGCAAACUGCCAGUCCAGCUGGGUGGCCCCAGGCUGGACUCUCCCUUUGGGGAGCGGUUCCCCUGUGGGCCAGAGGCCUGCAGAAGGCUGGAUUGCACCCUCCCCUCGGGGUCACUGCUUCACCAGCCCCAUCCCACCGCAGAUUGGGGCUCUACCUCCCACCCCUGCCCCAGUUGUUGGGGGACUUCGGGGCUCCACUGCAGCUUCUCCUCCUCCUCCCACCUUCCAUGUCCUUGACUGAAGGGGUGUUUUGUCUUUUUUUUUUUUUUCCCCGUUCUGUCUCCUUCGUCCAUUUGUUUCCAAAGAUGCUGCUGGGCAGACGGGCAGGGAAGGGGUCUGUCUGCCCAUCUGGCUCAGGGGUCCGAGAAGGGGAAGCUGCAGGCGAGCGGAGACCAGUUGCAAUACUGUACUUCCUGGCUGGUGGCCAGAGGAUGCGUGCAAUAGCAGAGGCCAGGUGCCCCCUUCGACCUUGGCCUCUGCCCCUGCCUCGGCCCUCCUUCCCCACUCCCAGCCCGCCCUGCCCCUCCGUGGUGUUGGUUGUCCUUUUCUAAAGCUGACCCCUCGUGCGUCUGAGGCUUGCCUAGGCUGGGCCCCUCCGCCCUGUCCGCACGUCUUUGACUGUCAUGCUGUGCUCAAGCCCAAUAAAGACAUCUGGAGCGUCCUGAUGCACCUGCCGUGUGA